CUGCUGCCUUCCCCUCCUCCUCCCUCCUCCUCCUCCUCCCCUCUUCCCUCGCACGCACUAUUAGCAUUUUCCCCUCAAAUCCUCUCCACCUCACCAAAACACUUCCGAAUGGGAAGAAAAUAUGGCAUGAGGGAGGCGGCGGCUGACGACCACCGUUCACCGUCUUCUACCGAGCGCGAGCCUGAGCGGCUGAACAUGGACUUAAGGAGACGCGGCGGCGCGUGUGGAGCAGAGCAGAGACAACGGAGCACAAAGCGGAUGGGAGACAACGCUCGUGUUUAGCGUUUUGUGCCACACGACCCAUCAUCACCAUCACCAUCAUCAUCUUCAAGGCUGUGAUAUAUCUCUACAGACGCGCACAAGGGGGGGGAAGCUGAUUCAAGCCUCUCCCGAGACUGUGCAUACAGAACAAUAAGCGGACUGGUGGUGCUAAUUCAUCCGCCUCAUCAGUGCCAUCAUCUCCGGUUGGAUAAAAGGCGAGAAAAAUGAGUGAACAGAGUAUCUGCCAGGCGCGGGCCUCUGUGAUGGUCUACGACGAUGCCAGUAAGAAGUGGGUGCCCAUCAAGCCCGGGCAGCAGGGCUUCAGCCGCAUCAACAUCUACCACAACACUGCCAACAACACCUUCAGAGUGGUGGGCGUCAAACUGCAGGACCAGCAGGUGGUGAUCAACUACUCCAUAGUGAAGGGCCUGAAAUACAAUCAGGCAACCCCGACCUUCCAUCAGUGGCGUGACGCCCGUCAGGUCUAUGGGCUGAACUUUGCCAGUAAGGAGGAGGCCACCACCUUCUCCAACGCCAUGCUGUUCGCCCUCAAUGUCCUCAGCUCACCUGACAGUGGAGGUCCAGUCGUCCAGCGCCAAAAUGGGCCCUCCUCGGAGGAAAGCGAAGCUCAGAGGAGGAUGAUGGAGCAACAUCAGAUGCAGGCUCACAAGGAGAGGGAGCGACGAACAUCGGGAUCAGUCGUUUCCACACUCCAAUAUAAAGUCUCCACCCCUCCCAUCCACCCAGACACUCCUCCUGAGUACAGACAGUACAGGGCUAGCACACUGCCACCUUCCUACGUCCGUGUGGCCUCUUCCUCUCCUCCCUCCUCCGCCUCCUCUUCUCCCUCUCAGGAGAAAGAGGCAGGGGUGGCUAGGGACAAGGCCCAGCUCUCCUCCCAGCUCUCCACCUCGCUUGCCUCAGCCUUUUCCCCAGUCCAGGGAGGAGUGACCACCCAGGGCCGACAGGUCCGUCAGAUCCCCCUGUCUCCUCCCUCAGCAGCCCGCCACCUAUACCUUCAACAACAGCUCCAGCAACAAGACAUCAUGCUCCCCCCUAAACACGGCACCUGGUCUGCCUCCCAUUUGCAGCAAAUGUAUGCCCAGUUUCCCCAGUCCUCCUCCCCUCCAGUUAUGAUGGCUAUGCCUGUGAAGCAGGGUAUUCCCCCACAGCCCGUUCUCCCAAUGGCUCACCCCCUCCCGCCAGUGAGCACUAGGAUGAAGCCCCCACCUGUUGACCCGAGCGCCCACCAGUACCCUCAGUAUCAGCCCCACCCUCACUCCAACGGCCAGCCAGACGACUCCUACUCUCCUCACUCCCAGCAUCUGCCACUCACCCCGCAGUACUGCGAGGCUGUCCCCCUGCCUCCUCUGACAGGUCAGGCAGCCCCCGGCCAACAGCCCCAAUAUGCAUCCACCUUCCACCCUCAGCAGCAACAGCAUCCGCAACAACAACAACAACAGCAACAACAGCAGGUGUACUACCAGCAAGCUCAGCCCCCUACCACCACUUCUUCCUCCUCCUCCUCACCCCCCUCUUACACUGCCAUGUCUGACGGGGGCUCGCCCAAGAAGACCCCCUCCCCCAUCCCCCAGCAGGCCCCCAUGGCCAGCAGCAGCCCCCCUGUCUCUGCAGGUCACCCAGCUAUGCUUUCUGUGGCACCUCCUCCAGCUGCAGUUCCAGCACCCAUGGCUGGUCCUCCAGCCCCACCGCCACCACCGGGUCCACCACCCCCAAUGGCAGUGCCCCCACCCAUGCCCCCUCCAUUGCCCACUGGUGGUGGGCCUCCUGGGGGCCCGCCUGGGGUCCAGCACCAACCCUCAGGACUGGCUGCAGCAUUGGCUGGAGCCAAAUUACGUAAAGUACAUAGGGAUGAGAGCAGUCCGCCUGGGUCUGGUGGCAAAAGUGACUCCAACCGGUCUAGUGGUGGUAGUGGUGGCGGUGGGGAGGGACUGAUGCAGGAGAUGAAUGCCUUACUAGCUCGCAGACGGAAAGCUUCAGAGAAACCUGAUGAAGACGACUCUAGUGGUCGACAGCAGAACUCAACAGAUGCUGUGAAGAAGCCAUGGGAACGAUCCAACUCUGCAGACAAGUCCUCACUGGUGUCCAGAGUGAGACCCGUUGGCAGCACUAGUGAAUCAGACACAGAAUUUGACAGGAUGAAACAGGAAAUUCUGGAUGAAGUUGUACGUGAGUUGCAUAAAGUGAAAGAUGAAAUCAUUAACGCCAUCAGACAAGAAAUCGGCAGAAUCAGUACAUCCUAAUCUCAUCUGAGCAACAGUAGGAGGAGAGCGAGAGGAGGAGCUGGAGGAGGAUGGACAUGCAGAUGCACAGACACGAGGACCAGGGGAAUGUUCUCUCAAUGUUUCUGUGACCUCGCGAUGCCACGAAGCAAGUUGCAGAGAUGUUGUGCCAACAUUUGAGUCUGCUGGACAGCGAAAAUGGAAGAAAGAAAAACAGAGAAGAGGAGAAAGUGGGUUUAUGAGACAGCGGAGCAGAGGAAACGGAAAGAUGGAUAAAGAAAGUUUAAAAGGACUGAUGAACUCAAACAGAGGAGGAAAAAUAUACUAAAAGAUGAAUCGAGGGAUGGACGGACAUUCGUGCUGAGUUUGGUGUUGUGGUCCUCUCUGUGCACCUAUAGACUCAGUCAGCCCAGUGUUGCAGCUCUUUGUUCUCUGUUCAGUCCAAGUCUUAAGGAGAAAAUAUUUUUGUUUUCUAAGUUUUUACUGUUUUAUUAUUUAAAAACUGUGGUGAUAAUGAUGAUGCUGUUGAUGACAAUGAGUAUUUUAUUGAUAUUAUAGAAGGAAAAAGGAAUCUUUCACACCAUUUAUGUCAGCCUUUUAUAUUUUCUGUCAUUUUUUUCUUUAGUUUAGCCCUAACUAUUUGAUGAUAACAAGCACAAUAUGGGUAUACUGGUGCUGCAGACUCACCUGCCCUUGACUGGCAUAUAAAAAAAUACAAAUACAAAAAACAGGCUUUUUAUGACCUUGUUCAUACUGGUGUUGUGUGUCUAACCUUUUCUCUGCAGAGAUGUUAAUGUUUGAACCACAAUUAGCCACUGAAAUUUCCUCCACAUCCAAGGCGUAAGACAUUAAAAGUGAGCAAUCGAGUUAAUCAAAUAACACACAAUAACAGUCCACAACUCCAGUGUGACCGAGGCACGUGAUUCUCUCUACUUGUUCAGAUGUGUGAGAUCAUUAAAACUUGGGGAUCAUUCACAAAACAGGCCGAUAACUGUAAAUGUGCCACCUGGUUUUACCUAGAUAUAAAACAAUGUAGUACUAUCUAUUAGUCAUCUAUGCUUUGUGAACCUCCCAAGUAUGCAUGAAACCCCCAUUCUCUAUUAUUUGGUUUAAAAAAAAGGGAAAAAAAUACAAAGGGUGGUACAUUUAUCAUAGUGGGUUGUUUCCAUGAAGAUUCCCCUUUCUAUAUAUGAGAUGUUGAACUUGAUAAUGGUAGCAAUGUGAAAAUAAUUUGACGGGGUUGCUCUGGCAAUAUGCAGAUCUUACCUAGAUAAGAAUGUGCAGAAAGUGAAUGGUAGGCCUUUGUGAUGGUAGCUAAAUGUGUCUUUGCAGGAAGGAUUUGGUUGAAUAUCGGUUGUUGCAUUCUAUCCACUCUGUCCGCUCUCAACUACGUUCUGAUUUAAAAGCUGGAAGUAAAUUCAUUCAAACAAAAACAAUAGACUGUGUCAA